AUGACUUACCAUGUUGGGACCACGAGCUCAUGGGCAAUACUCUCAUUUGCUCUUUUAGGAGUCUCCCAGCUGAGGCCUGGAGAGGAAGGGGGCUACAGAGUGUCAUAUAAUCCAGAGGGGACAGGCUGUGGAGCAGCCAUGAGGUCCAUGUGUAUUGGCCUCAGGUAUCCAAAGCCUGACCAGCUGUUGUCAUUGGUGGCGGUUGCCGUGGAGACAGGCAGAAUGACCCAUCCUCACCCCACUGGUUUUCUGGGAGCCGUCGCAUCGGCCCUUUUUACUGCGUACGCCAUCCAGCGCAGGCCAAUCACGACUUGGGGUCUAGGCCUGAUUAAUGAAGCCUGUCCAAUAGCAAAGAACUUUGUUCAGAGUCGAGGCUACGCCGUGGAGGAGACGGAGAGAGACUGGAACUACUUCUGUGACAAGUGGCAGUGGUACCUAGACUUGAGGGGACUCUCUCAUGGGGUGGGGCCUGUGAUUUGGCCAUCCUCCUACGGCCCAGCUGAGAGAGAUGAAGUCUACAAGACCUUCAGCCUGUCAGGUUGGGCGGGACGCAGCGGCCACGACGCUCCAAUGAUAGCACUGGAUGCCCUGCUGGGGGCGGGUUCGGACUGGGAGGAACUGAUGAGCAGAGCAGGCUUCCAUGGAGGUCAGAGAUUCAAACAACAAAAUGUCUUUUUGGAUGGUCUUAUCAAUCUCAUACGCUGA